AUGCGUCUACAAUGGGCGCUAUUACUUCUGAUAUCCGGGCUUUGCGGGGUUGCCACGGAAUGCAAGAUUGGACUUUUGCCCUGCCUAACUUUCGAAUUUCUAGUUACGCAGGCCUCUUACGAAGCUGGUCAUGUGCCGAAGCCGGGAGACGAACGCUUCACGAUGGAAUUGAAAGAGUGGGAUAAAUGGAAUGCCAACGACAAAUAUCACCAUUGCAUAGGCAAUAUGUACGGUCAACACGGAUGUCGUGUCAUUGGGCAGGACACCACCGAAAUGGUCAGGAACGAAUUUUACCUAAAAUUUCACUUUAACGCCGAGUACACCACGGGGAAGAACAAAACGCGCUGUGUUAGCUUCGGGUGGCAGAACGUCGUGACAUCGGCCCGUCGGUCCGGCCAGGGCCGUCUACACGUAUUCCCAGAACCGCCCUUCUGCAGGCUCGAUUAUUCCGAUGUAUCGGAUGGUCGGGCUCGAAAUGGAACUGCCCUUUGUUACUCGUGCUGCGAUGUACUGGAACAAUGU